AUGGCUGCCAACGACCUGCGAGGAUGGGUCAUGAGCGGCGUCUCGGGCGUCGCUUGCGUCCUCGGGUCGGCCGUGAUUUGCGUUGACCUGGUGCUGCGGCGGGUCUCGAGCCUGAAGAGCUUCCAGAUUGCUAACAGCAACAAUUUCCUCUCGGCGUCGCUCUGCCUCAGUGCCGGUGUUAUGCUUUUCACGUCGCUGUACAGCAUGCUGCCCACCUCGAAAGACUACCUCACGCGUGCCGGCUUCUCCCCUUCCGCUUCGGCGUACAUUCUCAUCGGUCUCUUCCUCGGUGGUGUUAUCGUCAUCCGGCUUGUCUCGGGCUUUUUGCAUCGCUUCAUCCCCUCGCAUGUGGUGGACUGCGCGCACACCCACGACAGCCCGGAGAAUGAUCCCGAGCGCGGCGAGAGCCAUGUCGGAGGCGAAACGCACCACCACCACCACAGAAAUGGCACGAAUGGUCACACGGAACAAACGCCUUUACUCCGCCCUCCGAACAGGACACACUCGUUCAAGUCUACCCCGGCGGUGCUGCAGCGGACCGGCGCAGGCUCGGGCAACGUGAAGCGCGAGUCGCUGCAGGCAAUGCUCACCAGACGGAUUACCUCGCUGGUCGGCGGCGCAAAGGCCCAGUGUGACGAGGAUGGUCCUUGCUACGGUUUCUCCCAGACGUGUGGACGCGAGUGCACCAAGAUUCAACCUCCGGAGCUGUGCCCGCCAACCAUGACUGACGUGAACGAGGUCACCCGCUCGUCGAUUGAGCCGCACCACCAGAGCAUCAGUGUCCAGCGGAACUCGCAGCGACCUAACGAGGUGGACCCGUUCAUGACUACCUCCGACACGGGCUACUACGACGCCAUCGCCUCUCAGCACCCUCUGCACCACGGUGUCGGCACCUGUUCUUCGUCACCAUCUGAACAUACCAUUCACCUCGAUGUAAACACCCAUCACGACCACCAUGGCGAUUCCCACAACGAGUCCGAAGGCACCCUAUCCAAGACAAACGCGGACAGCACACACCACCACCAUGUUCCGCAGAACGCCUUUCUGUCCAUCGGCCUACAAACCGUCGUCGCAAUCGCCCUGCACAAACUUCCGGAGGGUUUCAUCACCUACGCAACAAACCACGCAAACCCCACCCUCGGUCUAACCGUCUUCCUCGCCCUGUUCAUCCACAACAUCGUCGAAGGCUUCGCCAUGGCGCUCCCACUGUACCUAGCCCUGAACUCCCGCUGGAAGGCCAUGUUCUGGUCCAGCCUGCUGGGCGGAAUCAGCCAACCCGCCGGCGCAGGCCUCGCCGCGCUCUGGAUCUGGGGCUCCGGCCGCAGCAGCCACGACGCGCAUGGUCCUUCGUGGGGCGUGUACGGUGGAAUGUUCGCCGCUACGGCUGGCGUGAUGACCUCCGUCGCUCUCUCGCUUUUCAGUGAGGGACUGGGUCUGACGCACCAGCGCAGCAUGGGGAUCGGGUUCGCGAUUGCUGGCAUGGGUCUUAUGGGACUGAGCUUCGCGUUGACGGCUUGA